AUGUUUGUACGGAAAACAUCAUGUUACAAAUACCACUACCACGCCGCCAAGCUCCGAGAUUUUACGGCCAAAGCCGACAAGAUACUGGCCGCGCCUCCGUCGUCUCCCGCCGUCCGUCCUCCUCCGAGGGUUGGCGGAGUGUUUUACCCGAUCGGGUACGGAGCAGAUCCCACAGGUCACAACGACAGCGCCGACGCGAUACAGAGCGCGUUGAACGACGCGUUCGAGCAACUGAGCGAUCCGAGCCAGGAAUUGAUGCCCGGAAUUAAGGACCUGGGCGGCGCCGUCAUCGACCUCCAAGGCGGCAAGUACAAGAUCGGCAAGCCCAUCUCCUUCCCACCUGUCGGCGGCGGCGACAUCCUCAUAAAAGAAGGGAGUUUGCGAGCGGCGGAAGGUUUUCCAUCGGACCGUUUUCUGGUGGAGUUACUGUUCCCGCAAUCGGAGAUUCUGAUAAACAAAACGGAGAAUGUGUCGUUGUUGCAGGGCACCACGAUCUUCUAUGAGGACAUAACGUUCAGAGACCUCCUCUUCGACUCGGGGCACAGCGGCGGCGGCCUACUGGUGGUGGACACCGCCAGGGUCCGAAUCCUUAACUCCUACUUCUUCAACUUCACGACGCAGGGGAUUUUGGUGCAGGGCGGUCACGAGACCUUCAUCCAGACCUGCUUUAUUGGGCAGCACCCCACCGUGGGACGUGACAAGAACGAAAGGUACUACUCAGGCACGGGGAUCGACCUGGCGAGCAACGACAACGUGAUCACCGACACGGUGAUCUUCUCGGCGCGGGUCGGGCUCCUGGUGAGGGGCCAGGCCAACGUCAUCACGGGGCUCCACACCUACAACAACAACAACAAGUCGCGCCACUCCGCCGCCGCCGCCGGCGUCCUGCUGAAGUCGGACGCGAGCUACAACCGGAUCACGGCCUCCUUCUUCGACGGCAACAACAACCAGGUGGUGGUGGAGGACCCUUACUUCGUCCACAUCACGGGCAACUUCUUCUUCGGGCACGCCAACGUGGUUCUGAAGCCGGCGAAGAGGGACGGUGGCGCCAUCGCGCUUGUCGUCGUCGACAACUACUUCGUCGGGUUCGCCGGCGAGCCCAUGGUGGAGCUGCAGGGGGAGUUCACGACGGUCCACGACGUGGUUGUGGACCAGAACCAGGGGAAGUACCUGACCGUACAGUCCACGGCGGCGAAGGUGACGGUGGCAGGGAGAGGAACGAAGUGGGUUGCUGAUUUUAGCAAGAAGUUGGUGUUUCCUAACAAGAUCGACCAUUUUCAGUACUCGUUCUUGGUGAAGCAGCAGCGGCCGGCGGAAGGGUGGGGCGGGCCUAGGUUUCCGAUCCACGCGGCGACGAACGUGUCGGGGAAUGUGGUGGUGGUGGAGAGCGAGGACGUGGUGGACGCCGUCGUUUCGGUGGUGGUGGAUCAGUUCAAUCCCAUUGGAGAGGGGACUUUUGCAUUUGACGGUAACGGUGAAGGAUAUAAGGUUCUGCGUAAGGUCGUGUAGAAAUGAAACACGAGGGGGUUGUAUAGCUUCCGUGUUCAAUCAAGAUUAAAACUAAGAAUUUUUUAUUGAGAAAAAAAAAUAAUGUAACGGUGACAAAGAAUUAAGAACAGAAAACAAUG